GGGGGACGUGUGGUUGCUCAAAGAAGUGGGAAGCAUUUUGCAAUCGGCCUCGGCUAGGAUGCUUGGGUAAAAGAAGGAGGAGCCAGGAGGGAACAGACCCAGGAGUUUCGGCCUAAAAAGUGACGACUAAUCCCCACAAGGAGAAUUUGCAUAUUUAUGAGGAACCACCGAGAUCAUUGGAGGAUCUGGCAGUCUAGAGGGGCCAAAAGGCCUCGUUCUUAGCGCGCUUCCGUUUCCGUUAGGAUAUUGGCGGUUGGUGAGCAUCAUGGCAACCGUGGGGACCGAAUCUGCAACCCAGGCAUGUGCCCUGACUGGGAAUCGAACCAGCAACCUUUCACUUUGCGGGACGACGCCCAACCAACUGAGCCACACCGACGGCCACCACCAAGGUCCCAGAGGUCCGAGACGUGACGAGGAUCGAGCGUAUUGGAGCUCACUCCCACAUCCGGGGACUGGGGCUGGACGAUGCCUUGGAGCCUCGGCAGGCCUCCCAGGGCAUGGUGGGUCAGCUGGCGGCGCGGCGGGCAGCUGGCGUGGUGCUGGAGAUGAUCCGGGAAGGGAAGAUCGCCGGGCGGGCGGUUCUCAUCGCUGGCCAGCCGGGCACUGGGAAGACAGCCAUCGCCAUGGGCAUGGCACAGGCCCUGGGCCCUGACACCCCAUUCACAGCCAUCGCUGGCAGCGAGAUCUUCUCCCUGGAGAUGAGCAAGACAGAGGCGCUGACGCAGGCCUUCCGCAGGUCCAUUGGCGUUCGCAUCAAGGAGGAGACGGAGAUCAUCGAAGGGGAGGUGGUGGAGAUCCAGAUCGAUCGGCCCGCCACAGGCACGGGCUCCAAGGUGGGCAAGCUGACUCUCAAGACCACGGAGAUGGAGACCAUAUACGACUUGGGCACCAAGAUGAUCGAAUCCCUGACCAAGGACAAGGUCCAGGCCGGGGACGUGAUCACCAUCGACAAGGCCACGGGCAAGAUCUCCAAGCUCGGCCGAUCCUUCACACGUGCCCGCGACUAUGACGCCAUGGGCUCCCAGACCAAGUUCGUGCAGUGCCCGGACGGGGAGCUGCAGAAGCGCAAGGAGGUGGUGCACACCGUGUCCCUGCACGAGAUCGACGUCAUCAACUCCCGCACCCAGGGCUUCCUGGCCCUCUUCUCCGGCGACACGGGGGAGAUCAAGUCAGAAGUCCGAGAGCAGAUCAAUGCCAAGGUGGCCGAGUGGCGCGAGGAGGGCAAGGCGGAGAUCAUACCCGGGGUGCUGUUCAUUGACGAGGUCCACAUGCUGGACAUCGAGAGCUUCUCCUUCCUUAACCGGGCCCUGGAGAGUGACAUGGCGCCCGUCCUCAUCAUGGCCACCAACCGCGGCAUCACCCGGAUCCGGGGAACCAGCUACCAGAGCCCCCACGGCAUCCCCAUCGACCUGCUGGACCGGCUGCUCAUCGUCUCCACCUCUCCCUAUAGCGAGAAGGACACGAAGCAGAUCCUCCGCAUCCGGUGCGAGGAGGAGGACGUGGAGAUGAGUGAGGACGCCUACACCGUGCUGACCCGCAUCGGGCUGGAGACCUCCCUGCGCUACGCCAUCCAGCUCAUCACCGCCGCCAGCCUCGUGUGCCGGAAGCGCAAGGGCACAGAGGUGCAGGUGGACGACAUCAAGCGAGUGUACUCGCUGUUUCUGGACGAGUCGCGCUCCACGCAGUACAUGAAGGAGUAUCAGGACGCCUUCCUCUUCAACGAGCUCAAAGGCGAGACCAUGGACACCUCCUGAGCCGAUGCUCCCCUCCCGCCUCACCCCUCCUCCCCGUUUUCUACCAGAGUGCUGACACUGUGACUUUGUAUAAAAUUAUUCUGAAACUGGA